UUUAAUUGAUGAAAAAAAAAACACCCUUUUUCUUGUGUUUUUCUGGAAAGAAAAACAGAGGAAGCGGAUGUAAGGAUACUAUGGACACUGCUACUGGAACCUUAUCUUUGUGUCAAUGGCCUAUUUUUUCUUCUUCUCCUCCUUCUCUGCGUAUGCAUGUGAGAGUUUCAUGCGGAAUCCCUCACCUUUCAGCAUCCGCAGUGGACAAAACCCUCAGUCAGAUCAACAAUUCUGUGCAGAAGUGGCCUUGAAAGCUGCAAAUGCUGCAAUAGCAGGUGGAGUUUCAGUUUUGGAAAUUGUGGUGUCGACUCCAGGUGUGUUUGAGGUUCUGCAGCAGCUUGUGAAGGAACAUCCUACAAUGGCCAUUGGGGUUGGAACUGUUCUCAAGAUUGAGGAUGCUAAAAAUGCAAUCAAUGCCGGAGCCAAAUUUCUAUUGAGUCCUGCAACUGUUAAGGACAUAAUGGUAAUGGAUUACGUUCAGAGUGGUGAAGUUUUAUAUAUUCCCGGUACAAUGACUCCAACUGAAAUAUUGUCUGCGUGGGAUGCAGGGGCUAAAAUGGUCAAGAUAUAUCCUGCUUCUGCACUUGGAGGAUUUCAGUAUAUAUCAGCACUCAAGAAGACCUUUCCUCACGUCUCUAUGGUUGCUUCUCAGGGAAUAACGAUAGAUGCUAUUGGUGAAUAUAUUCUGCGUGGAGCAUCCUCAGUUGUUUUGUCAGACGCCAUAUUUGAUAAAGAGGCAAUUGAGCAACUUAAUUUUGAUAAGAUACAUAAACUUGCACGUUCUGCUACCUUACUUGGUAACAAAGCUGUGAACAGAUAACAAUGUGUACACUUUUAAACAUCUAAUGUUGUUGUUUUCUUACAUUUAGUCAUUAUGGUUGUUUGACAUAACUGUUGCCUAUAUUUUUUAAUCAUUUUGUUAGAAUUUGAUAGAGU